CUAAACAGGGAGGUGACCAGAGAAUAGCUCCUCUAUGAACGCCCCUCAGACUCGCUGCUCCAGUGAAUCACAUUUUCCACUUUGAGCAGAGUUCCUUCAGCGCGCGCCUGCCGACACGAGCCGCGCGCUCUAAACUUUCCUUCCUCCUCAGAGGCGCAGAGAGGGCAGCGGAUGCGCCGUUGGCACAUGGUCUGCGGCUGAAAACGCCCCGAAAACAAAAGCUCCAUCCCGGCGCGCGGAGGGGCGAACAUUUGGAGACAUGUUGGGAGUUUUUCUGUCUGCUGGCUGGACGCGAACGAGGAGCUGCUCUGGUAAACUGAUCCGCAUUUAGAUGGAGCCCAGAGGACGGGCUGGCUGCUGACUGUCAGCGCACACAGACAGACAGACAGACUGACAUGGAUCUCCAGGUGAUCGUCUGGCUGGUCUACUGCUUCCUGCUGCCGGCCGUCCUCCUAACAGCUUGUCUUUUUCGCUUCAACUUGCUGUCACUGGUUUACUUCCUCUAUCUCCUGCUGUUGCCAUGGUUCCUCGGCCCAAACAAAUACACAGUCAGAGGUCACACUGGUCGGUUCAUUAAAACAGUUUUCUGCACCAGUCUGCUCUUCGUUCUGGCUCAUAUCUGCUUCCAGACGGUUUUGUAUACCUACGCUCCCCUCGACGCUGCAAUAGGUUAUAACUGUUCACGAUGGGAGGCCAUCACCAGACACAUUGGUCUGUCCAGGCUUCCAUUGGACGAUCCCUGGAAUGUGCUGCGUCUCCUGUGUCCAGAUGUAGGAGUCUGUGUGGUGUCACUCGUUACGAUUGUCCUCUGCCGCAGACUGGUCAGGAACAGAGAGAUGGUGGCAGCAGCCAAUAUAACAUCACUUGAAGAAGAUUCUGCAGACACUACAACAGAGAAUGAGGAGGAGUUAUCGGAUGAUGAAGAGGAGGAGAGGUCCUCCAACGGUUCCCCCGACGAGGUUUCCACGGCAACCAAAGCCAAGCUGCUGGCAGAGGGUCUGAAAGUCAAAGUGCUGAAAGUUCUUCGGGACCUGGGAAGGGUGAUGGUGGUCCUUCUGCUGGGCGUGGCCGGCAUCACGCUGCCCUCUGCCUUCUCAACACUCUACUUCCUCCUCUUCAUCGGCGUGUGCACCUGGUGGGCGUGCCAUCUACCCAUCAGCCACCUGGGAUUUAAUGCACUGUGUGUGAUGGUGGGCUUCUACACCGCGGGUCACAUGGUGUGCCUGUACCUGUACCAGAGUCCGUUGGGUCAGGCCGCCUUCCCCCCCCAGGAUCUGUGGGCCAGGUCACGCUGGUAUCCAGAGAGUCAGAGGGUCCAGAGGAAACUUCGGCUGCAGAACACCAGUGCUCCUGAGGCGCCGAAGGGCCCACUGAACGAGAGCCCAUUUUUCCUGCUGGGGAGGGUGGUCAUGCAGCAGAGUUAUGUCUGUGCCCUCAUAGCCAUGAUGGUUUGGAGCAUCACCUACCACAGCUGGCUGACGUUUGUCCUGCUGCUGUGGGCGUGUCUCAUCUGGAUGCUGCGUUCCAGACGCCACGCAGCAACGCUGUGCUCUCCGUUCAUCCUGCUCUACGGCCUGGCUCUCUGCUGCCUGCAGUACGUCUGGGCCAUCGACCUGGAACCCAUCCUGCCCACCAAGGUGGGGACUAUGAGCCUCAGACAGCUGGGACUGGACAGGGCGGAGUACCCCUGUCUGAGACUGGGAGCUAUGCUGUUGUUCACCCUGACCUUCUGGCUGUUGGUGCGUCAGUCCGUGAAGGAGAACUUCAGGAGAAAGAGCAAACGGUCGACACCGCUACAGGAAGUCACCACCAAAGAACUGGGUGCGGGUGGAGAAUCGGUGCUGAAGGUUCUGGGAGGCAUGGUGAUGAGCUGCUACGCCAAAUACUGGAUCUAUGUUUGUGGGGGGAUGUUCAUCAUGGUCUCCUUUGCUGGGAAACUGGUCGCAUACAAGAUUGUCUACAUGUUGCUCUUCCUGCUCUGCCUCUGCCUCUACCAGGUCUACUACUCUCUUUGGAGGCAUCUGCUGAAGCUCUUCUGGUGGCUGGUUGUGGCCUACACCAUGCUGGUGCUCAUCUCCAUCUACACCUACCAGUUUGAGGAUUUCCCUAAAUACUGGAAAAACCUGACUGGUUUCACAGACGACCAGUUGGCGGCCAUCGGUCUGGAGACGUUUGCUCUGUCUGAGCUGUUCUCCAGCAUCCUCAUCCCAGGUUUCUUCCUGCUGGCCUGCAUCCUGCAGCUGCACUACUUCCACAAGCCCUUCAUGAGGAUCACCGACCUGGACCAGGUGACGCCCAUACACAGAAGGAGGAAGAACGGAAGACCUGAGGAGGCCAGCUCCUAUGGUUUGACCAGGAACCCUGAGGAAGAAGAAGAGCUGAUGCCUAAUGAUGAGGAGGAGUCUGAGGAUGAAGAGCUGGUGCCCACCAAAUGGGGUCUGGUGAUGGACAGGAUUCUGGUUCUGUCCAGGAAGUUCUCCGACAUCCUGUCUAAAGUCCAGGGCUUCCUCUGGAGGAUCCUGGAGCUCCACAUCCUGAAGAUGGUGGCUUUCUUCUCUGUGUGGGUUGCACUCCAAGAGCCGUCGGUGAUGAAUCUGGUCCUGGUUGUGCUGUGGUCCCUGGCGAUGCCCUUCGGCCGCUUCAGGCCCAUGGCCUCCUGCCUGUCCACAGUCUGGGUCUGCGUCAUCAUCGUGUGUAAGAUGCUGUACCAGCUGAGUGUGGUGGACCCCUCUGAAUACGCCCGCGUCUGCACCAUGCCUCCGACGAACGAAACCAACUUAUCGCCAGAGGAGAUGAUGAACUCCACCCUGUACCAGCCUAUAGAUCCAGCCAAGUGGUUCGGCAUCAGGAAAGACACGACCGCGCUGGGAUACAGCAAGUGUUGCGCCAAUGCCAUACCUGGUACAGGUAUCACCCAAUACUGGCUGUGCAGUAUUGGGAGUUAUCUGGACAUGGUGAAGGUCCUGGUGUUCCGGUACUUCUUCUGGUUCGUCCUGUCGGUGGUCUUCAUCACAGGGGCCACCAGGAUAUCCGUGUUUGGACUGGGAUAUCUGAUCGCCUCCUUCUUUUUCCUGCUGUUUGGAACCAAGCUGCUGGUGCGGCCAUCCAGAGUCCGCCUCAUGCUGUGGGACUGUCUCAUCAUCUACAACGUGGCCGUCAUCAUAUCCAAGAACGCCUUAUCUAUCCUGGCCUGUGUGUUUGUGACGGAGAUGCAGGCCCGGUUCUGUUGGGUCAUUCAGCUCUUCAGCCUUGUUUGCACUGUUAAAGGAUAUUAUGAUGCUGAAGCGGUGAGCAGUGAGACGUGCAGCCUCCCGGUGGAGGAAGCAGGCAUCCUGUGGGACAGUCUCUGUCUUCUCUGCCUCUUGCUGCAGAGGAGAGUCUUCCUCAGUUUCUACUUCCUGCACGUGACGACAGAGCUACAGGCGUUUGCCAAACAGGCGUCAAGGGGGUUUGAGCUCUUCAGAGCCAGCAUCAUGAAGAACGUUCACUUUCAUCAACAAAUAGAGAAGAAAUCCCUGACACAGCUCAAGAAAUCGAUGCAGAGGAUUCGUGCUAAGCAGCAAAAGUACAAAGAAGGACAGAAAAGCAGUGAGAUUUCUGCUGGAAGCCAGGAAGUUGGUAGUGAUCUCAGCAGUCCAGUUGAGACUCACGGGGAGCAGAAGAAAUCAAAGAAGAAGAACUGGUACCAACCAUGGAUAAACCACGCAGCAGUCAUUCACUCUGGUGACUACUACCUGUUUGAAUCAGACAGUGAGGAUGAGGAGGAUCUGACCUACGAGGAGAAAAAGCCUCAGACUCAGACUGCAUGCCAGUUAGCUUAUCAGGCAUGGGUGAGCAGCGUGAAGACAGCUCUGAGGGAACGCCAGAGACGCCAGAGACAGUGGAAGGCCAUGAAGGAGAAAGAGAGGAAUAGACAAGAACAAAGAGAGGAGGAUCUUCAUCUGAAGGCCUCUGCAGAUGCUGUUUUUGAGGAGCCUGAUGCUGAAGAGGAGGAGCCUGAGGAGGAGGAAGAGUCUGUGCAUGGAGAGAUGGUUCAGAAGAUCUUGGAUAUCCUGCGCUUCCUGUGGGCUAUUAUCUUAGCCAUGGUGGACGGCCUGACCCAGUGGCUCAAUCUGCUCACUAAACAGUACAGAGACACGUCCACGGUGCUCUGCAACGAGCGCUACUUCAUCAUACACAGGAUCCAGCAGCGUCGACCAGCCGAGUCCAGAGAAGACCUGGUGUCCCAGAACAGUGAGAUCUUCUCUCUGAAUACGUCUCUGGACCAAGAAGAUCCAGAACACGCAUCUGGAAGCAGAGCGGAGACGCCGAGGCGCAGCAGCAAUGGGAAUCUUCUGACUGAAGAAGUCCUGCAGCCGGAGCCAUUAAAGCUGCGACACUCCAGAACCGCCAGUGAGAUCCUGUCUGACAGGGCUUUUUUUAUCGAGGAGUUGGAGCAGAGCAGGGAGUUCUUCAACAACCAGAACCGUCUGCUGAGGCUGCUGAUAGCUGUAUACAACCUGCUGUCAGCCAAUUCAGAGCUGCUCUGCUACCUGAUUAUAGUCCUGAACAACGUGGUCAGCGCCUCCGUCAUAUCACUGGUCCUGCCAAUGCUGGUCUUCCUCUGGGCCAUGCUGUCCGCUCCAAGACCCACUAAGAGGUUCUGGAUGACAGCCAUUGUCUACACAGAGGCCAUGGUGGUGCUGAAAUACAUCUUCCAGUUUGGGUUCUUUCCGUGGAACAGCCUCUACGAGAUGACCCUGAACGAAGACAAGCCCUUCUUCCCGCCCCGCAUCUUCGGCCUAGAGAAAACCGACAGCUACAUCAAAUACGACCUCCUCCAACUGCUGGCUCUGUUCUUCCACCGCUCCCUCCUCAUGCAAUAUGGUCUGUGGGACCACGAGGGCCCCCUGGAGGAGCAGGUUGCCUCUCCAGAAGAUGGACAGAACAUCAGAGCAGGAGAGGAAAAUGGGAGCAGUAAGGGGGAAGCCCAAGAAGCUAAACGAAAGGAUCAGGACAAUCAAGAGCCAGGUACCAGCAUGGCCGCCGCCGCCGUGAUGCGCCAUGAUGCUGCCGAAGAUCUGCCUGCGAGGCCGCAGAACGAACGAGAGAAAGAGCCCAGGAACAACAAUCUGGAUCUGUUGGAUGUGAUGGAGAGAGACGGCAAAGAGCUGCAAGAGGAAGUACCGAAGAAAAACAGCAGCAUCCGCCUCCGCAGAAAAAACAAGAAGGCGAAAAACCAGGACAGCAAAGAGUCUCUGUCAGAGCUGGCAGAGUCCGCCACAGAACCAGAGAAGAAACCCAAAGACAAGAAAAGUGACGCCACACUGAGGUUAAUCGCUGUGGGACACAAGAUCCAACAACUCCUCGUCAGAGGGUUCCAGGGCGUAAAGCAGCCAGCUCAGCGUUUCUUCAGAAGCAUAACCAAGGAUAAAUACCGGGCCUCCACUGAUGUGUACGCGCUGAUGUUCCUCACCGACGUCAUCGAUUUUGUCAUCAUCAUCUUUGGCUUCUGGGCUUUUGGGAAACAUAGCGCUGCAGCGGACAUAGCCUCCUCUCUGUCAGAGGACCAGGUGCCUGAAGCCUUCCUGGUGAUGCUCCUCAUCCAGUUCAGCACCAUGAUCAUCGACAGAGCUCUGUACCUGCGCAAGGCGGUUCUAGGAAAGCUCAUCUUUCAGGUGAUCCUUGUUCUGGGGAUCCACCUGUGGAUGUUCUUCAUCCUGCCUGCUGUCACUGAGAGGAAGUUCAACCAGAACUUUGUAGCCCAGCUCUGGUACUUCGUCAAGUGUAUUUACUUCGGGUUAUCUGCCUAUCAGAUCCGCUGCGGUUACCCGACCCGCAUCCUCGGGAACGUCCUCACCAAGAAAUACAACCACCUCAACCUGUUCCUCUUCCAAGGGUUUCGUCUUGUGCCGUUCCUGGUGGAGCUGCGGGCCGUGAUGGACUGGGUUUGGACAGACACCACUCUGUCCCUGUCAGACUGGAUGUGUGUGGAGGAUAUCUAUGCCAACAUCUUUAUCAUUAAAUGCAGCCGGGAAACAGAAAAGAAAUACCCCCAACCUAAGGGACAGAAGAAGAAGAAGAUAGUGAAAUACGGCAUGGGGGGACUGAUCAUUUUCUUCCUAAUCUGCAUCAUCUGGUUUCCCCUUCUCUUCAUUUCAUUGGUCAGAUCGGUGGUGGGUGUGGUCAACCACCCCAUCGACGUCACAGUCACUUUUAAACUGGGCGGCUAUGAGCCCCUGUUCACUAUGAGCGUGCAGCAGCAGUCCAUCAAGCCCUUCACAGCCGCCGAGUACGAGCAGCUCACCAAAACCUUCGGAGACAACGCAAAAGCCAUGCAGUUCAUCACCCUGUACAGCUAUGAGGACAUUGUGACAGCCAUGAUUGAGGGCAGCUCAGGAUCCGUGUGGAGGAUCAGUCCCCCCAGUAGGCAGGAGGUGGUGAAGGAGCUUCUGGGAAGCCCUAUGGACCUGACCCUCCGUCUGGCCUGGACCUUCCAGAGGGACCUGGGUAAGGGGGGGACGGUGGAGCACACGUUUGGCAAACACUCGAUCGACUUGGAGCCUGGGAACCCGGUCAGAGCAGAGCUGGCAUCUCUGCUCAUCGGCAACCGGACGGAGCCUGUCCUGGUUCCCAAUAUGUUCCCCAACUACAUGCGGGCCCCAAAUGGAGCCGAUGCCAAACCCGUCAGUCAGCUCUACAAAGAUGAUGAAGACGAUUACCAGGACAUCACUCUGUCCCUGAUGAGUGACCGGACGCCAAACAGCUCAGGGAACCAGGAGUGGUGGGACAUCGCCAUCGCCAGAUGCAAGCCGGCGUCAUGCACCGUGCUCCCCAUGGUCAUAUUCAACGACAAGGUUAGCCCGCCGAGCCUGGGCUUCCUGGCCGGAUACGGGAUCAUGGGUCUCUACGUGUCCGUGGUUCUGGUCAUCGGGAAGUUCGUCCGUGGGUUCUUCAGUGAGAUCUCCCACUCCAUCAUGUUCGAGGAGCUGCCCUGCGUGGACCGGAUCCUGAAGCUCUGCACAGACAUCUUCCUGGUUCGGGAAACAGGAGAGCUGGAGCUGGAGGAGGAGCUCUACUCCAAGCUGAUCUUCCUCUAUCGGUCUCCAGAGACGAUGAUCAAAUGGACCCGAGACAUCCACCUCAGGGAGCAGGACUGACCCGAUUGGCCGCCGGAGGCUGCGGCUUAGCAGGCGUGGGACCUGAACGCUCUCCUCAUGCUGGACUCUUUGUGUUUUUGCUGCUGCUGAUCCGACCGGACUCGGCACCGUGCCGUCGGAGCAAGGCCUGACGGCUGGACUCCUGUUGGAGCUUUGAACUGGGCUGUGUUUGUAGAACCAGCAGCUAUUGGGGCGGUACCUGCUGGGGGAACUGGCUGCUGCUCACAUGACCACCUCCACCCCAGAGGGGGUCAGAGGUCCCUGGAAAACAUGUGUUAAAUAUAAAAUGGCUCCAUGAAGAUCCCAGAGCUUCAUCAGCUGCAGAGCAGCCUUCCUCCAUCUAGGUGGUCUAGGUCUAGGUGGCCUCGAGCAAACCUCAGACUACACUAGGUUCUAAUUUCUUAUACAAACUGGACUGAAGAAUCAUAAAGAUGAAAUGUUUUGGUUUUCAGUUUAACUCAUUGACCUCAGUCACCUGGACGAUCAACUUAAGGAAAACUUUACGUUCCACAUUUUUCAGCAGGAUUCAAACAAUAAGGGGAAGAAAAAGGAUCAUCGCUGUUAGAAAUAGUGCUGUGGUCUGGAGAAGGGAUGAAAACUUUGAAUAUUUCACUCCAACUGAAGCAUCAGAGUCGUGAUCAGAGGCUUAUCAGGACCGGCGACGGGUUCAAACAGAAGAAUUCAUCAGAUUAAGGGAGCAGCUGCUAAAUUACGUUUAAAUUAGCAAACUGCCGGAGUCCAACCGACUGAACGGGUUCUGACCAAUAGAAACGCUGUUGCUAGGUCCAAACAGAGCAGACUCAUUUCUAUUGGUCCACACAGAGACCAAUCAGAAGGCUAGAGGGGGAAACUCUGAGAAGAAUCCAGUUUGUAAAACUCAGCAUACGACUUCACCUGCCACAAAAGGCAAACAAAUAAAAUAAUAAUUAUAUUUGUUUGGAAUUUGGAAGAUAAAAUCUGAAAAUGAAGAAAUUGAAACGUUUUAUAAAUAAAGAAUUCUGAAAUAAAAUUAUGAAUAAAUAUAAUUUGGAAAAUAAAAUUGGACAAAAAAUACUUAAAAAAACACUCCUCUAAAAAUCAACGGUUAAACUUAUGCAUCCAUGUUCUAAAUUACCCUGAAACAUUUGUUGAUUGUGAAAUUUUUCAUUUCUAAAACACAUAAUCCUCAAAUUCUUUUUAUAUGUCUGCUUUCAAUACAAUUGGAUGGGAUUUCUCUGUGUAGCGUCGUUAGCAUAGAGCGAGUCGGUCCGUGUAGCCUUCCCUCCCUGCUGCCGUGGCGCCGUACCUUCUGUGGAGCGAUCAUCCUCAUGCUGGACGCAGCGUCGCCUCGGCCUGCAGAGAACACCUCUGUGCUCAGAAACAGAGAAACUCGUGGUGCCUUCAGGGCCCCACUGGGGUCCAGGUCAAUCUGAUCUCAUCUCAUAUGCAAAUGGAAUUGUAAUUUUGAUAUUAACACUAUUGUAACAUAAAAAGCUUUUUUAACAAUUAAAGUUACAUCUGUUUAUUUAUUUAAGGACGGAAAUAAAAACUUAUGGGAGUUUGCUAAACAAGCAGCAUAAAAAUUCAAGCUAAUUGAUUAAUAGCAGGAACUAAAACACAAGCCUUCCAUGAAAUGAAUCAGUUUUCAUCUAUGGUUGGAUUAUAAUCCCAAAGACAGAUUAAUAUAAUUCUAUGCAAAGAUCUGUUUCUAAUCCAGUGGUGCAAACUGCUCCUCUCUCCUUCUUUUCUCUGCAUGAGCAGAAUAACAGUGAAAAUAAUGGAGGUGUGAUGAUGGGUCCAUGUAGGGCCUGUUUGCUGCUCGGUCCGGUUCUGUCUCUGCCGGGCUGCUGGGUCACACUGACCUUUGACCUUUACUAUUCAUCUUUCUUUCCAGCAUCAUGGCCAUCUUCCCUGCCUCCUUUCUCUGCUGAUCUUUUCUGUUUUGUAACAUUGGGAGGGGCUUAGUACCCCCCCACCACCACCGCCUUCACCCUUACAGGACCUUUGGAGGACCUGCUUGGGGGGUAAAAACUCACAUCUUC